GACUGUUUUGGUACCUACGUUUUUUGUUUCUGUGUUUCUGUAAUUAAAUAUUGGUGAAAUCCUAAUAAUUUAAUCCAUCCUCAUGGUGGCGUGGUCAACAAUAAAAAUGAUUGUUAUUUAAGUAUUUGAAAUGCUCAAAGAAAUAGCUAUAAGCAAUAUUUUGUGUCGCCAAAAUUAUCAUUGUCCAUACUGUCCAAAUGAAGACGAUGUUUCACAUUAUUUCAGGUUUCAAAGAGAAGGUUGCAAGUCAAAUAUAAUCAUUAUGUUAUAUAGCAUACAUAAUAUUGAAUGGUUACGAAAACCUGGUGUAUCACACAGUUAUUAUUUUUUGGAUGAUUUUGCAUCUUACUAUAUCAAAUGGGCCAUUGUCUUAGCUGUUUCAAAAACCAUUCCAACAAUGCUGAAGUGGUAACAUCUCCCAGCCGAAAAAAAGAAGAAAUGACAGAAAUUAUUUCACCAAGUCAGAUGCCAGCUGUCAUGAUAUCUGACUAUCCACAGCAGGAGCCACUUCUACAAAGCAAUGAUAAUUGUAUAAAUUACUAUAGAAACAGUAGUAACAUACAAAGUUUCAAUUCAAAUUCUGGAAUUCAGGAUCUUUCUGCAGGUGACAAUGUAAAUGUUCAGAAAACAAAUGUGCAUGCAGAGAAAUCACAGAAACCUUUCUAUCAGAAGCUGCCAUCAAUCCCUAGAAGCAUGUCAUCUAUUGGCUCUAGCGAGGGGCGAGUUGCAGAAUCCAAAAUUAACCAGCUGUUUGAUCUCUAUAAGGACUCAUUAGAAGACGCUAUAUUAGCUGAGGGCAUUGAAAAUCUGUGCAAUGAUCUUCAACUAGAUCCAGAUGAUUUCAAAGUAUUAGUUCUCGCUUGGAAAUUGAAUGCUAGUCAAAUGUGCAAAUUUACUAAACAGGAGUUCAUCCAUGGCUUAAAAAAUAUGAAAACAGAUUCUAUAAAGGGUAUUCAACAAAAACUAAAUGAUAUCACACAUGAAUUAAAAAGGGACUCUGAGCAAUUUAAAGAUCUGUACAGAUUUACAUUUAAAUUUGGCCUUGACGUUACUACUGGCCAAAGAAUACUGCCCACAGAUAUUGCCAUUUUAUUAUGGCGCUUAGUCUUUACAAAUAGUGAACCUCCUAUUCUUGGUAGGUGGUUGAAUUAUUUAGAGAAAAAUCCCCAUAUUCGAGGCAUUCCUAAGGACACUUGGUACAUGUUUUUGAAUUUCUGUGAGUUUGUGGGUGAAGAUCUAAGCAGCUAUGAUGACACUGAAGCGUGGCCGAGCUUGUUUGAUGAUUUUGUCGAGUAUGAGAAUGAUCAGGUGAAUCAAAAUAUAACAAAGAAUGAUAUCAAAGCCCAGGAUUAAAUAACUAUGUUUGCCAAAUUAGCUACAUUAGGUACUUAAAAAUGUUGAGACUGAUAUGAUAGUGCUAGCACUUGAUUAGCAAACACAACAUGCAAUGAAAGGUAUGGCAGAACCUUUCAUAAAGACUCAACAGUUAUAU